UCAAAAGAGGAACGAUUGGUUUCUAGUGUUUUUUUACAGUCCCCCUUGUCGGCUCCGUGACGAGAGUAAGAGAUCCCCAAUCUUCUCCUUCUUCUUUCCUCUCUUCCCUCCUCCUUCUUCAUCUGCUGCUUGAUUCAGUCAACCUCCGAUGACGGAGAUCGCUUCCACCUCCUCCGGCAGAGGCCACCACCAAUCUCCGCCGGCGCCGAUAAUGAACUUAGCCGACGACCAUCUCUUCACCGUCCUCCUUCUCCUCCCCGUGGAUUCAAUCCUCUCUUUCUCAGCCACCUGCAAGAGGUUCCGUAACCUCGCCUGCUCCGACAGCCUCUGGGAGUCCUUGUGGCGGAGAGAGUGGGGCCCGUCAUCUGCUGAAUCGGUGAAGUCAUCAUCGUCUUCCACGUGGAUGGUUAUGUUCAAGAGAGUGUGCAAGCUUGAUUCCGUCUCUUGUCACAGAAUCUCAAACCUAGACGAUGAUGAUGAUGACGUGUCUUCUUCGUCGUUGCUACUACCGUUACCUAGAGCUUCACACUCUCUCAACUUCGUUACUGAUUAUCUCGUCCUCUUCGGUGGUGGCCGUGAAGGAGGACGACAUCUUGAUGAUACAUGGACGGCUUACGUUGGAGAGAGCAACCACAAGACGUUGAAGUGGAAGAAAGCUGAUUCAGUCACACCCGGUGGGAGGUUCGGACACACCUGCGUGGUCAUAGGAGACAGCCUGGUCUUGUUCGGAGGGAUAAACGACCGUGGAGAGCGGCUGAACGACACGUGGAUAGGUCGAGUGGGUUGCCACGGGAAGCAGCUUCUGUGGAAGCUGCUGAGCGUCGUUGUGGGAGCUCCGAAGCCUCCUCCUCGAGGAGCUCACGCCGCUUCUUGUAUCUCGGAGAAGACGAUGGUCGUGCAAGGAGGAAUCGGGUUGAGCGGAGUGAGGCUGGGGGACACAUGGAUUCUCGAGCUUUCGGAGGAUCUGAACUCGGGGACGUGGCACGAGGUCGUGUCUAGCGCCUUGCUGCCGCCACGGUCGGGGCAUACCUUGACUUACAUAAGAGAGAACCAAGUGGUUCUGUUUGGAGGUAGAGGGUUGGGGUAUGAUGUGCUUAACGAUGUUUGGCUGUUGGAUACUCAGGAGCAGUGUGAACGUUGGAUACAGAUAUUCUAUGACUUUCAAGACUUGGAGGAAAGUGCAUCGUUGCCGAGGGUUGGUCACUCUGCGACGCUCAUAUUGGGAGGUCGGAUUCUGAUUUACGGAGGAGAAGAUACGUUUAGGCACAAGAAAGACGAUUUUUGGGCGUUGGAUGUCAAGACCAUUCCUUCUAAAGGUCUGCAGGUGGAUGGAGGAGCGGUUUGUUUGAAUGGCUCCAAGGCGUGGAAAAGGCUUGAUGGUGUGUCUUAUAGACCCAAAGGGAGGUCUUUUCAUCGGGCUUGCGCUGAUAGUUCAGGACGGUAUGUGUAUGUGUUUGGUGGAAUGGUUGAUGGUCUGAAUCUUGCUGUAACAUCAAGUCUUAGAUUUGAGAAUGAGCUUUUCAUGGUGGAGCUUCUUCUUGGCUUGUAGGGGGACCUGGACUAUUUUUGUUCUUUGAAUUAAAGGGUUAAGAAACCUACAAUAACAUUUAGUAUUGGGUAUUGUUGUUGUGCUGAAAUGUCUGAUCUAUAUGGUUUUAGCAAUGCAGACAUUGUUACCAGUUUUUUUCUACA